CAGAAUUUUCCUUUGGAGAGGCUGCCAGGCAGAAGGAAGGAGGGAAAGCUGAAGACGAGAAAGCAGUUAAAGAUUUUUGCAGAAUAGAGAAAGAUGGGAACUUUUGCAGGUCAUGUUCUUCCAGGGAGUUUUUUCCUCCUCUUUGGCGUGUGGUGGUCUGUGAAGUAUCCCUUGAAAUAUGUCUGUCAAAAGAAAAAGAACACUUCUUACCUUGGUUCCAAACAAUUGCAUCGCUUUGAAUUUGCUGAGGGCAUCUACAAAGCUCUAUGUGCCCUUAUUGGUAUGCUAGCUGAGCAGUUUGGUCCUGAUGGACCUCAGCUGAAACUAUACAAUGAUGAAAAGAAACAAUGGGUGCGUCUUGUGAGAUGGCAGCAUACCACUAUAUAUCUCUUUUAUGGCAUCUCAGGGGUCAUGGACAUGGUGGCUAGCAGAACUAAAGUGUUACCAGGAGCCAUGGACAGGAUGGUACUUUCACUAGCCUUGUUCGUGGAAUCUUUUCAGUUAUAUUAUCAUAUUCAAAAUCAAGUCAUGUUGGAACGCCACCUUCAUCAAUUACUCCUGCCAGCCAUCACUGGAGCAGCAGUCUGCAUAUUCCUGGAAAUCCUGUUCAAUGACGUUGUAGUCUUCAAGAUAUUGAAAACAAGUCUCUGCAUAUUGCAAGGGAGCUGGUUAUGGCAGAUGGCAUUUGUAUUUGAUCCUCCAAGUGGGAGUCCAGAGUGGAACCAAAUGGAUCAUGAUAAUGUGAUGUUCCUUACAAUGUGCUAUUGUGGGAAUUUUGCAUUUGCACUUACUAUAACGAUUGUGAAUUAUACUAUGGUGACCUGGAUAGUUCAUUCAAAAAUGAAACAGGUUUCAACAAUGGAAGUCGGAUUAUUGAAAAUGGCCGAGCAUGACCAGGAGUCAGAAGAUGAGAUCUAAUUUCACAUACAUAUUUUCUUGCAGUUAUACUUUUUCCACUCUGAAGCUCCACUGGCACUCUAUACCAACCCAUUUUGGCUUACGCCAUCUGUGCAUGUACCCUCUAUCAUGUUUUGUAAUUCCAUCUAAUUUUAUGUAUGUGUGUUGUGCACUGUCAAGUUGCUUCCAACUUAUGUUGAUCCAAUGAAUGAAAAAACUUCAAAAUGUCCUAUCAUUGACAGCCUUGCUCAGAUCUUGCAAACUGGAGGACGUGGCUUCCUUUAUUGAGUCAAGCCAUCUCAUUCUGGGCCUGCCUCUUUUUGUACUGCCUUAAAUUUUUUCUCUGGCCCUUUGACUUUUUGGAUUGGGUACAAUAAAC